AUGGCUGGGCUCGUCGAGGAGGCCCAUAUUCCUGACUCCGUCCUCCGGUCACUGCUCUCCGCUCUUGAGCAAAUCGAUUCCUUCGAUGGGAACACGCCACCCACUAAGCGGCGGAAGAUCAGCAAACCUGUCCCAUCCAGUCUAGGUUGGGAACAGGGUGUUUCUCCGGAAGACAUACCAUUGGGAUACAUUCCGUUAGCUCGGCUGGAACUGCGCAUGAAAUUCACAGACACCACUGAAUUGAUUGCCAAUGGAAUCCAAAGCGAGUCUUCUGGCCGGCUUCCUGUUCUCCUCGGCAUUACCCCAAUACAUUCGAUCGAUAAUAUCUCAUCAUCGACCUCAGAACUCCCCUCGGCGAAUGACAGCUCCUACAUACUCGAAUUAAAAAAUAUCGGGGCAGGAGGAGCAAACAUUUUUCAGCAGACUUUUGACGACCCACAGCUAUCCAACUUAUUCCAGCAGCUCGACCUUGCAAGUAGACUUCCUUCCACAAACCAAUACGUCAAUGGCCCCUCGGUCUCAUGUUACCAAGCCACAUUAUCAAUCAAAAGAAACUUUAUCUGCUUGGAAGUAACAAUACUUUGGCGGGACUCCUUGGAAAUUCCAGACAUUGUGCACCUUCGAGAUCCAGUCUUGCAUGUCUUCGGAAAAUAUGCCCUACGUGAAGCCUUUGAACUUCCUGGGAGUGUCUCCACGACACGUUCGCUUCGUGAAAAGUUACUUGGUCCUCCUCAGGCCUGGUCCCCUCAACGAUUUUACGAGAGUGUUCACGUGCCUCAAAACACCGAAAAAGCGUCGACAGACAUCAAAUGUCCGAAUAUGGUCUGUGAACUGUUUCCCUUCCAGAAGAGAGCUGUUCGAUGGCUCCUUCAGAGAGAAGGAAUGGAGCUUCAGUCAAAUGGAGAUCUCACUCCCACCAUAGUUCCCUCAUCCUCCACUGGUGGCAUUCCAGCAUCCUUCCAGAAGAUGGAAGAUGCGGAUGGACGGACCUGCUACUUUAGCCAUCUUUUUAUGAUCAUUGCCACGGAUAUCUCACAAUGGGGAGAUGAUGCAGCAGAUCAUAUUAAAGGUGGUAUUCUCGCAGAGGAGAUGGGAUUAGGGAAAACUGUCGAAAUUAUCGCUCUCGUUAGCUUGAAUAGACGCUCCAUUCAGCUAAAGCUUGAUUCUGACGGAUUGAGAGAAUCGGGGGCCACAUUGAUCAUCACCCCGCCUGCAAUCCUUGAGCAAUGGAGACAAGAGUUCCAGCAACAUGCCCCAGAGCUACGAGUGCAUCACUAUACAGGAAUCAAACGUGUUCAAGAAGGCUCGGAUGAUUUAACGAUCGAAGAACUUGCUGAAUUUGAUGUUGUGCUGACCACGUACAACGUCAUUGCUCGGGAGGUCUAUUACACUGAUACAGCACCAAAGCGAAACCUGCGCCAUCAGAAGAGAUUUGAACCCCGCAAAUCACCAUUGGUCCGGAUCUCAUGGUGGCGGGUUUGCCUUGACGAAGCCCAAAUGAUUGAGAGUGGAGUCAGUAAUGCGGCCAAGGUUGCCCGCUUGAUUCCUAGGAUCAAUGCCUGGGCCGUCACGGGCACGCCGCUUCGACGUAAUAUUGAUGAUCUGUUUGGUCUUCUCUUAUUCCUUCGAUAUUACCCAUUCUGCAACUCUAAUACAUUGUGGACUCGGUUGUAUUCCAGGUUUGGGCCAAUUUUGGUGGAUAUCAUUCAAAGAAUUGCACUUCGGCAUACUAAGGAUCGUGUUCGGGACGAACUUCGUUUGCCACAACAGAAGAGAAUUGUUAUCACCACCCCGUUUACCGCUAUUGAAGAACAACAUUAUGGCCAACUCUUCGAGGAAAUGUGUGAACAGUGUGGGCUAAAUGCAACAGGAACACCGCUUGAUAAUGACUGGAAUCCAGAAGACCCGGGCACAGUUGAACGACUCCGUUCGUGGUUGACACGACUCCGCCAGACCUGUCUUCAUCCUGAAGUCAGUGGCAGCAAUCGACGUGCUUUGGGUGCUGGAAAUGGACCACUUCGCACCGUUGAUGAGGUACUUGAAGUUAUGAUUGAGAAUACUGAUACCUCAAUACGCACUGAAGAGCGAAAUCUUCUCCUAUCCCAGCUCCGCCGAGGACAAUUUUUAGAGAACGCUAAGCGUCGGAAGGAGGCCCUAGCUCUCUGGCAGGCAGCUUUGGAGUAUUCUACCAGAUUGGUUGAAGAUAGCAGAGAACAGCUACGACUUCUAGAAGAUGCCCUGAAAGGCACCUCGGCAGAUCCAUCAGAAGAUUUGAGCGACGAGGAAAUUGAAGAAGCAGAUAAGAAUAGUCGUAUGGGCCAAUGUCGACUGAGGCUGCGCGCUGCUCUCGAGGUUCAGCAUAUCGCUGUCUUUUUCACUGCAAACGCAUACUACCAGAUCAAAAGCGAUCCCGAUCUUACCCAGCCCGAGUCUGUGGACUUCCAAUCGCUAGAGAAAAAAGAAGAGGAAGGCUACGAGGCGGCUAAAAUCAUCCGCAAAGAGAUGUUGACCGAAAUUUCCCAAAAGGUCGAACGAUAUCUGAAAAUGAUCAGGGUGAAAACGCACAAAAGACAGUUUGUUCAAAUUCAAACGAUAACUCCCCACCGGUACAACAAGGAACUCGACACAUAUCCGCUGCUCCAAAAAUUCGACGACUUGUGCACGGCUUUGAACAAAAAUGCUAAACAAUACAUCGAAUGGCGAGAUGUAAUGAUCAAGCUUGUUUCUCAGUCGCUUAUUGACCAAGAAGAGGAUGUCGAACUUGAGGGCAACGAGUAUGAGCGAUCGACCAAACAUCAAGAUGAGAUGUACGUCUAUAUGGAAGCUCUGCGGACAGUCUACGCUGAUCGCCAUGAUGCCCUCACCGGACAGACAAACAUUCUCAUCGCUCACGAGGCGAAGGCUGGUAUCAUUCAAGCACAGAAAGAUGAAGGACCUUCUCCAAAGCUGUUUCUUUCCAUAAUGAAUACUCGCAGUGAAAUCAUGCCCAAUCCUGAAUUAGGAUCGCUUCGUAGCAUUGUCAGUGAACUACGCAGCCUGGUGACCUCUCUUGAUUGGCACGCGACUGGAGGAAGUACACGGGCUCGCGCUGAACUCGAAUUGGUUACCGAGAUUUUGAAAAGUGCUGGACAGAUGAUUGCCGAGCAGCUCAAAGUGUCGGCCAGCAUGGAGAGGGAAGUUGAAAUGUUUCGUGACACAAUGAAUGUCAGGUUGGAGUACUACCGACACCUACAGCAGAUCUCGGACACAGUUGCACCUUAUGACGAUGAGAGUGCCGGGAAGCCUAUGAAUGAAGAACUUUUUGCUUCCAAGUUAAGCCAAGAACAAAAGCUCGAAACAAAAAUAUCUUCUUUGAAGUCCAAGAGGCGAUACCUCAUUCAUCUUCGAGAUGAGUCCGGCUCUGAAGAGUUGAACAGAAUCUGCAUCAUCUGUCAAUCAGGCUUCGAAAUUGGUGUCUUGACUGUUUGCGGUCACAAAUACUGCACAGACUGCUUGCGAACCUGGUGGCAACAUCAUCGAAGCUGCCCGACUUGUAAAAAGUCCUUAAAACUCAGCGACUUUCAUCAGAUUACCUACAAGCCACAAGAAUUGGUCGCUCAAGAGGAAGAAUCAAGCAUCAAGUUUGAUCAUGAACGCCAUUCAAAGAAUGCGAUCUACAGUGACAUCAGCUCUGGUCUUUUAAAUGAGAUCAAGAAUAUCGACCUAGAUGGCUCAUUCGGCACCAAGAUCGAUACUAUUGCACGGCAUAUCAUAUGGCUUCGAGAGCAUGAUCCUGGAGCUAAGUCAAUCAUUUUUUCUCAGUACAAGAACUUCUUGGAGGUUUUAGAAAGGGCUCUCUAUCGCUUCAAGAUCGUCAGCAGCAGUAUUGACCGCCCUGGUGGCAUUGAUAGCUUUAAAAAGGAUCCUGCAGUUGAAUGUUUCUUGUUGCACGGGAAAGCGCAGUCAUCAGGGUUGACAUUGAUUAAUGCCACUCAUGUCUUUUUGUGUGAACCUCUGAUCAACACUGCGAUUGAACUGCAAGCCAUCGCUCGAGUACAUCGAAUCGGCCAACAUCGCUCCACUACCGUUUGGAUGUAUCUUGUCUCCGGUACGGUGGAAGAGUCUAUCUAUGAGCUUUCUGUUGCUCGUCGACUAGCCCAUAUCAUUGAAAAGGAGAAAAAGCAGACAAGUUCUCGCUCAACAAUCUCUGGAGACUUUGACGAAUCCUUGAUUAAUGAUCUGACGGAAACGGCUAUUGACUCUGCCAAUUCCAUGGAAAUUCAAGAUGCAGGUUCAACAAAUUUGAUGACAAAUGGUUCAUCAGGUGGAGAAUUAGUUAAGAAGGAUGAUCUAUGGCAGUGUCUUUUUGGAAACUCCAUCCACAAAGAGGAUCGCAAUCAACAUUCAGCUGAUGCGGAGAGGAAAAUCAGCAGGUUCUUGCGAGGCGAGGCUGCCGAUCAAAGAAGAGACGAGACGAACUUACUAUGA